AUGCCAGGGUGGCUCUCCAUCUACCUUGCUCUCCCUGAGACCGCCAUCGUCGUCUGUUCCUUACUUGGCUACUCCCAGUCCAUUUUUAGGCUUGUCCCGAAGCACAAAGAUCAUUUGACACCGACAAAGACGGAUGUGGGAGAACUGGUUCUGGUGGUGGUUCCUUGGAAAACCAUUGUUAAGGCUGGUGGAUCUGCGCCAACCGAAUGGAGUAUUCACUUUGAUGUAUUGCUAGCAUUCCGGCAGCGCGUACAUCUCGACCUACCUGUUCUCUCUUUGCCGGCGCGCAAUAUCAGUGACUGGCUGGUGAGAUCUACACACCCUCAUUCCGGCGAAUGGGAAUCAAUCACGAAGCUGGACGGCGAGAAUGCUGGUAAUAUGACCCUCUUUCAAUUCACAUCCCUUCUAAUCUUAAAAGAACGGAAUCAUCCAGAGCUGGAGACAGCUUCCAUGGUUCGUUCGCAUAUUCUUUUGGACAUGAUUUAUCUCGACAAGAUGUACCAGUCUUCGAUCUUGGAUCUACCCGGUACUUUUGAUGCAUGA